UUUUAGCGAUAGUCAUCGCACAAUAAUUGUUUGAAAUAAUCUAUCUUAAGACCUUGUUACAUGUAAAACCGUUAUGUCUUUGAAACUGGGCGCAAUAUCGUAGUGUUGACAUCACUCAAGUGUUUUCUUUCAAGAAAUAACACUUAAUUCAUAACAAAUCCUGUCUGUUUUAAGAGGACAUUGUUCUUAUUUAUUCUUCCUUAUUGUACUGACACCAUCUGGCGUAUCUUCGUACAGGCAGACAUGUCUGCAGAAUAAGUGUUACAUAGAUGUACAUUUUGAAACUUCAAUUCUUCUCCUAAUGUAUUGGUUGAGGACCGAUGUAUAAUAUCAUUACCUUAACAACCACCUUAAUACCAAAGCGGUUAGUUAAAGGACUGAAGUAAUAAUCAACAUCUCAAGAUUUUCAAUAAAUUGGCAUUUUUCAUGAUGCAAAGAUGGACACAAUUCAGAACAAAUGCGUUAUCCUGAAGAAUCUUCCAGCAAACAUAGGUGAAGAUGGUGUCAGGAAGUGCCUUGAAAGAAAUGACUUUGGUGACUUCUGUGACCUUGAGCGAUAUGCCGUGAAUGACACUGAUGUUCGAUGGAUUGUUUUCUUCAAAACUUCUGAAGAAGCCAAGCAGUGUUUGGACAGAAAACAGUUGACAUAUUUGCAAGCGAAUGAGACUUUUAGCAUAAUACCAGACCUCUGUUCAGAGUGCCUCAUUCCAGAGAGAUGGUUUGAACAGGACAUAUCUUGCGAAGGUGAAACUUCGCUCGGAGCCGAUGGCUGGGAAGAUGUUUCUCAGGAAUGCUUCAAAUCUGAAGAUUUGUUUGGUUCAGUUCACAGGCAUUUGUCUCUAACUAGUUACGAACAGUUUUUCGAAAACGAUUUAACAUCUGAUGACAAGAUACAUGAUGGAGAUGAUGAUCACAAACCCAACAUGGGCAUACAUGGGAAUUUAGAUAAUACAUACGAAACGGAACAGCAGGGAAGGAUGGAUUCUGCAUCAUUUGCAGAAUACUCCGUGUUUAGAACUACACAAAAAGAACAUAAUGCUGAACCAAAGCGGGUCACCUCCCAAACGGCCCAAGUAUCAGAGACAGAUGAUAAGUUUUCUGGUAUUGCAGGUAAAAUCACAGAUUUAUCUGAAUUCCAAGAUGACACUGAAUCUAUCGAUACUAUUCAGGUCGAAGUGCCAAAGGUUACAGAUGAUUCAGCAAAGGGUUUCCCUCCAGUUUCAAUGGCUAACUCCCCGCUUUCACCACCUGAGCAAGGAUCAGAUAUAUAUAAAGGAGAUAGCGCAGAGAAGACACCGGGUACCGAUUCAAUUUACCUGACCGUAACAAAUGAAGCCGAGACGGUAGUCAAAAGUUCAAUUUGUUCUGAUUCAAAACCACACUCCGAAAUGCCCACCCAAAGCGUUCCGAAGAGCAAGGACAUGCAGUCGUCUACAUCGGAGCUUUGGUCGCUUCCUUAUGGAUAUCCAAUGCCGCCAAUGUUCCCUUUUGUUGCUCAUCCCAAUGUUCCAGUAACGGGAAUCGGUUUUCUACCAGUUUCAACGACCGCUUCUCCACAAUUGCCUUCAGCCUGUCCAAUAUUUGUGCAGCCUUAUUAUCCGGGUCAUCCAGGGCUACACCCAGGUUAUCCAGGUUUCUACAUGCCGUAUCCAUCAUAUCCGAACUUUCCUCCGCAUUUUCCUCCAGGACUAUUGCGUGCGCCUGUUGCUUCACCAAAGUUUAACAACAUGAACCAUGAUUCUCUGAAUUCACAAUCCCAAAGGUGUGAAGGUUCUACGCAUGUCAAAUCAUCAAUUAAUGAUAACACCAAGAUAAGUUUAUCUCCCGAGUUGCCACCUAAACGCAAUAAAAGUACAACAGAUGAAGAGCCUAGUGUUUACCAUGAGAUGGAUGUACAGCGCGACAAUGAGGUGCAAGGAGAUGAUGAAGAAGAGCACAUAUAUGAUAGCGUGGACUCCAUGACCAUGCUUGGCAGCGAAAUGUUUUCUAGCAACAAACCAAAAGUACCACCACGAGAAACUCAACUACGGGUCUUUGUUGAAGACGAGGAUGUAGAAGCGGCUAGCUGCCCGAAGGUGACUGUCACAGGAUUUCAAGCGGACACGGUGAACGAAGAAAUGGAAUUGUUUUUUGAAAGUAAAUCGAAGUCCGGUGGUGGAGAUAUUGUUGCAUUCGAGCUGAGCAAAAACAAAAAAUCUGUUACUAUUGAAUAUAAAAACUGCAAAGAUUCGGAAGACGUUCUGAGGAAGGCAAAUAAAGACGGAGGGAUUUAUUACAAGGGUACGUUGUUAAAGGUCACGAACAAUAUUGUGCCGAAAAUGGAUCCUGUCAGAGUGUUCGUGAGCGGCAUGUCUGAUAAGACAACUGAUGAAAUAGCUACUCUCUUUAUGGAAGCUAAGUGGCGUAUUAUUCCUAAGAAGAUCCUUCGUGGAAAAAUGCCCGGAACAGCUGUUAUAGAAUUCGACAAACAGCCAGAUUUUAAUGAUUUGAAAACGAUGUGCGAGCGACAUGCGUGUGCCGAAGCAUUUUGGACAGUUUCCCUGGUCGAGCUUUCGUCCAAAGUAUUGGUCAAAGAGUGUAACUCAAAGACGACAUCGGAAUCACUAGAACUUUAUUUUGAGAACAGAAAUAGGAGCGGUGGUGGAGACGUUUUAUACGUUGAACCACAUCAUGACCUCUCCCAUGCGUUUAUAGUUUGCUUCAAACAUGUUUCAGAUGCUGAACGCGUGAUCAAUGAUGACAGGACCCAUGUACUGGACAACAAUACUAUUACCGUGUCUUUGUACUACCCUUGUUUAGACCGCGACCCUUCAGAGGAAACUGCAAUUCCCGAACCUGUUCUAAUCGAAGAUCUCGACCAAUAUCGAGCCAGGUUCUUGUUUGAGUCAGACCAACAGAAAGCAAAAGUUGAGGCUUCAUUGAAAGAUGCGUUUGGACGACCAGUUUGGAUUGUAGAUGAGAACGGUAGUAAACUAUUGCAAAUCGAAUGCACUGACGAUCCGAAGGAUUCUUCAUCACGGCCCUUUAUUAACCAUUGGAAAGAAAGGUGUCGUGAACGCAUCUCGUGGAUAUUCAACGAACUUAAAGUAGACGAAACAAAUGUGAUGGCGAUUGAGUUGUUUGAUGAGAUGAAGAUCAAGCUACAGAACAUAAAGGUUCGACGACCAGAGGCUUUGGCUAUUGUUCUUGAAAGAAAAUCGUCGGGAAUCGUCAUUGUAGGAGAAGUCAAAGAAGUGGAUCCGCUCUCAAGCGACAUUGCAAAACUCAUAACAGAAAUGGAGAAUGAGUUGGAAAAAAAUAACAAAACUGCAACAAAAACAUUAAAGUUGAGGAACUUCGAAUACAUAUUGUUAAAGGCAUCAAAUAUCAGCGGACGCCUUCAGACGGAAAAAGUUGAUGUAGCGAUGGAUGGACUGACCAAACAAUUAACGUUUUCGGGGCGGUUCCAAAAUGUAGCAAAUGCAGUGAGUAUUGUGCAAGAUACAUUGACAAACUUUGUGCGAACUGACGUUCCAGGUUACACACAGUUGUCAGUCGAUUUGCUGUUCAAAAAUCAAACGAGGCAUCUAAUAAAGAAAGCCCUUUUCAAUAAAAAGUUGAUUGGCGUUUGGGAUUUUGAGAAACGUACCACGCUUUACAUGUAUAGUAGCAAUGAAAAUGAUCUGCAAAAAUGCGUGCAAAUUCUACGCGAAACCUUGCUUGAGUCGAAUAAGCGGUUGUCUGACGAUGAAACUUCUGUAUUGAACAGCUCUAAGGGUACCGAUUUUCUGCAUCACUUAGAGACAAAACACGAAGGACUUGUAAAGUUUGCGAUAAAUGGACCAAAGCUUCGAAUCGCGUCGGUAGCUGAAGUAAAUGAAGAAAUAACCAAAGAGCUUGAAUCAUUUGUAACUGAUAAUUCUGAAGCAUGUAAAAUAAUUGAAAUCGAACCCGGUAAAUUUCAAUUUAUUUACACGCAUAAGAAAGAUGAACUUCGAAGUAUCGAAGAGCAGUGUCAACGACAGAACGUCGUUUGUACGUGCAUCGACGAACCAAUUAAGAAAGGAUUUAUGUUUCAAGGUCCCCAAGUAGCUGUAAAGUCUGAGAUAACGAAAAUACAAACUCUUAUUGAUAAUAUUGUGUUUAAAGAUAUUGCGGUUACCUAUCCGGGGUGCAAUGAGUUCAUCGGGCGGAAGUCUGGAAAAAAAGCCCUGAAGGAAAUUGAAGAUAAAAGACAAUGUGUAUUAAGGUAUAAAAAGUCAAAUAUUAAUGAUGAUUUAGAAAAUGGUCAUAUAUAUUCCAUCGGAUCUUGCAAAUUGACAGUUAUCUUGAGAGAUAUUACGGGGAUAAAGGCAGCUGCGAUGAUAAACGCAUGUUCCGGUGAUCUGUCAAACACGUUAGGCCUCGGAGCAUUGUUAGUUAAAAAAGGUGGGCUAAGAAUUCAACAGGAACUCGACGCACAGAAAGAGAAAAAGGUUAUGAUUGGAGAUGUUUAUGUGACACAGGCUGGAAAUCUUCCAUACAAAGCUAUUAUACACGUUGUUGUACCUACCUGGUCAGAUAAAACUUCAACGGAAAAGCGGUUACUCGGCAGUACCAUAUUCAAUGCCAUUGAACAUGCUGAUAAAAUGGGAUUCAAGCAAAUAGUAACUCCACCUAUAGGGACAGGUAUUCCUGGCUUUCCUUCGGAAAUAGUCGCCGAAACGAUGCUCGACACAUUAGCUCAAUAUUUCCAAAGUGGACAAAAACAUGUCAUUGAGAAUAUCAUCAUCUGCGAUAUUAAAGAAGAAAAUAUUGACGCCUGUUUGAGCACUUUAGAUUCAGGCGAUGAAGUUCGUUUGCGGGAACGGAGACAAGAGCCUCGAAUUGAAGUACUUAAAUCAUACUACGAUGAUUCAAAACAAAUGCAUUUUAAAGUACUGCUUGUGACGAAACACACAGCUACGGACGAAUACUGGACAUUAUUUACUAAGGCAAUCGAUGAUCGAUUCAAGUGGUGCAAUGAAGACAGGUUUGCAGCAAAUUGCGAGUGUUUUGUAGUCUACGAACCAGAUGAAGCACAACCGAGGUCAAGUGCAUUCGAAUCAAAGGUUUCUGUUGUUAUAGGAACACUGGCGAGUACAAAGGCCGAUGUACUCGUCAACUCUACUAAUCAGGAUCUAGAUCUGAGACUUGGAACUAUAUCAAAACAGCUUGUUGCCGCGGCAGGCGAAGAGUUGAUCCAAGAAUGCAAACAACGUUACCCAAAUGGUAUUUCGUUAGGAAAAGUCGCAGUCACUUCAGCAGGACAACUGAAAACGAGUCAAAGAAUUUUCCACGGCCUGUUGCCGCCGUGGGACUCCGGAAAAGGUCGUUCAGACACUGUGCUGUUUCAAUUUGUAUCGAAGUGUCUGCAGAAGGCAGCCGGCAGUAAGUUUCGUUCUAUUUCAUUCCCGGCGCUUGGAACUGGCGCGCUCGGUUACCCAAGCGACCAAGUUGCAGACAUUAUGUUUGAUGCCGUGGAACGAUUUUUCAAGGAUUAUCCGAAAAACAGCCUUGAGUCAAUUUACUUCGUUCUGUGGUCAGGAGACGCUGUUGCCCUUUCUGCAUUUGAAGACGUUGAAAAAAGCAAGACGACGAAUAUUGAAAGAAGAAGGAUUAAACCUAGCCAGUAUAUACCUAAUGUUGGUGAGGAGUAUGCCGUUGCGGAAGAAAAGGGUGAAUUCACAACAACUAUUGGACAUGUUAGUUUAAAAAUUGUCCAGGAAGACCUAGUUAAGCAGACUACAGGCGGAAUCGUUAACAGCACUUUGGAUGAACUUGACCUUUCUAAAGGACUCGUUUCAAAAGCAAUCCUUGAUGCAGCUGGGCCAGGCAUACAGCGUGAAUGCUGGCAGGAUGCAAAUAAAAAGCGUAUUCAAACAGAAGGCAUUGUGGUGACAGGCCCGGGGAAACUGAUGUGUCAGAAAAUAAUUCAUCUUAAGGCUAGAAAUUCUGCUAGCGGAUGGAGUGAAGCACUUUUGAAAGGUCUUCGAGAAGUCGACAAUCUUGGACUGAGCUCCGUCGCUCUUCCUGCACUCGGAACUGGAGGUAAAGGCUUAAGCCCAGAUACCAUGGCAAAAACGAUGUAUCAGGCUGUAAAGCAGUACGUGGAGGACAACAAAGGGAAAGGGUCGCUAACAUCCGUAAGAAUUGUGCUAUUCAACUCCGAUCUGGUGGAUAAGUUUACAUCAACCAUCAAGAACUUGUCGGGUCGAACGCGCCAAUCAAGAACGCCCUUCUUUAAGAAGCAAGAUACGCGGCAAACAGGCACAAUCUACAUAUAUGCCUAUUCCGAACAUACUGCACAACAAGCUGCGGCAGACGUUUUGGAUCUGUAUGAUUCUCAAAAAGUUGGAAUCCCAAAGACACAUAUGAAAAUUAUUUCUGAGAAACAUUUGACAGAUUUGAAACAGAGAGCCGAUAAGCUGGGCGUCACGCUCGUUGAUAAGCCUGAUGGUAUUGUGAUUCAAGGACUAAAAUGUAACAUUCAAGAGAUGAAGGACAUUGUUGAUAGAUGUCGUGAAAGUAUUAAUCGCACGAUACAAACACAACCAGACAGGAAAUCAAUUCCUCUUCCUCCAAGUUGGAAAAUGACGAUGGGUGACACAACGAAAGUUGUUCAGCUAAACCCUUCAGACCAAGAGUAUACGAUAUUGGCGAAGAGAUUUUGUUCCGAAACUCUCGUUCCGAUACAAAACAUAGUUUCGAUUGAACGAAUCCAAAACCCAACAUUAUAUAUGCAAUACUAUGGAAAAAAGAAGGAAAUGGAGACUGCCAACAUAGGAUCGCACAAUCCUAUCGAGAGACGAUUGUGGCUUGGCACACGAUCAGCCGAUGUUACUCAGAAUAUUAACCAGAAAGGUUUCGAUCGCAAGUUAAAGAGUGACACAACACUAGGUUCCGGAGUUAUGUUUGCAGUCGAUGCAAGAACAGCAUUAGGCUAUUGUCAAGCAGAUGCUACUGGCUCCGGGCGCAUGUACUACGUAGACGUACUGACAGGGGAUAGCUGUGCUGGAAGUGGCUAUAUUACAAAGCCACCGUCUCGAAAUGAUCCUAAGAAUCCUAUGCGGUGCUUUGAUUCGACAACUGAUAACAUGUCUGCACCGGGCCUCUUUAUUAUUUUCCACGAUGCCCAAGCUUACCCUUCGUUUUUGAUAACGUUUCGUUAACGUUUUGAGUUCACUUGGAAUCCGGUAUCAACUUUCUCACGUAUUAAGACAAAUUAUUAUGUAUUGUUCUCGUGAUCUUCUAUAUAUUGAUUUACGAAUAUGGCGCCAUACGAGACUUUUCAUACUUUUUAUAGUGCGUUUAUGUAAAUUAUGUAAAUUGUUGAGUGUGACAAUGGAUCACAAUGGUCCUGUUCUUAAAAAUAUGCUUUUUAAUGUUUUUGUUUAAGUAUAUAUGUUUGGCAGCCAUAAUCCUGAUAAAUGUCUGUGAUUACAUAUGUUAAAUAUACAAGUCAGUUUGUUAUGCACGAUUACCAACACAAUUCUCUCGUUCGUUCAUUAUAGACUUGCACACGUUCACAAUAAGUUGUUUUACUGUAAAAUAUAUUACUUUAUUAUCUUUACCAAAAAUUGCAUUGUAUUUCGAUUUGUUAUGCUUUUUGACUGUUUGUGUGAGCUUGUGUAAAUAUGUUUAACAGUACACAUGUUGUUGUAUUUUCUUUUUUCGGUUAUAUACUCUCUUUGUGCUGUGCUUGUCAGUGCUAGUAUUUUUCAGAUUUUAAAUUGUUUCGAAACUUUACAUAGAUGUGUUUAUAUUUGUUGAGUUAUCAUGUUCAUGCUAUUUGAAAUAUUGUAAAUACUGCACCAAGAAGUAAAUGAUUGAUGCAUUAAAACUGCAAUUUGAAUGCACUAAUGUAAAUAAACAUUCAUUUUAGUUAAAUUUAUUGUAAAAAUGGAACACGUUUUCUGGGGUGUACGUUUGUGUUGUUUCUAAGAACAUCAUGUAAUGUCCUCUUUAAAUAGUUUUAGCUAAUCAAAGAACAAUAUGCUUAUGACGAACAUGUGUGAUUACCUAUUGUUCGUUGUGCUGUGUGAGUCGUCCUUCGUCAACAUAAAUAUUGUGAACAUUCUAGGCGUAUUCCCGAGUUAUUUGAGCUUUUCAAGCAAUGGAAAUAAAUCUUGAAAAUAGAAUCACCAUACAGUGCCUAAGACAUAAUACCGAGUUCAAAAAUGGUCUCGAUCAAUUAAUAUGGCUAUAGCAAAAAACGUUUUUACUGAACAUUUUAGUCCGUCAGCAUGAACCUUGGCCAUAAACGUUUGUUAUUAGGUUUAAUGGAAUUAUUAAAUCCUUGAAAACAAACGUGAAUGCAAGGGCCCCAUCAGGUGCCUAAAGUAAAGCCUUGUGAACACUACCUGCUUAGAACAGUUUUGGUCCUUCCUUACUCAAGUGAGCGCAUGAGGACCUUUUUCCCUUUUCGUAUUGUAUGGCCUUUCAAAUAAAUAAUUGUAUUUAACAUAUUCAAAAUACAUACAAUUUAAUCAAGUUAUUAGACUCUUUCAUCAGAAAUUUAACACCUCGCUCAUUGUUUGAUAUAAUUAAUGUUCAUGUUUAUGAAUAACAACACUCGCAAUAGACUAGUUUGUCUAAUUCCUUUAGAUCACAAGUACCUCAUAAUGUUUAACCUUCAUAUUUGUUCGCUUUCGACAUCAGUUUAACAUGAAUAUGAUGACCUACUAAUUAGAUGUGUGUUGUAGCUACUUUGCAAAUAGUACAUUUGCUAAAGUUCUCUUAGCCUGACUGUCAUUGUGUGUAAUUUGAAUCUACUUUCUUAUCGGAUAUUAGUGUUGUUCAUCAUUUGAAUUUCAUUGGUAUGUUCAGGGCGACAUUUGACUUUCUUAAAGAAGUUUCUAUAAAGAUCAUUGUUUGUUUAUGGCCAAAAAAUGUAUUAAUGUUUUGUAUUGAAAUACAGUUUAACAAUUUCAGUACUUUUAUAUUAUUAUAUUUCAAUUGUUAUACCUUUGUAAUUGUAAUACAUUUGAACGUUUGUUUUAUUUUAUUUUUCAGAAAAUGUUCUAAUAUUUUCCUUACUAUUCUUUUAAAUUGUAUACUAAUGGCUAAAUGGUAUUUGAAGUCUUGAGCAAUAGUGGCCUUUGUUGAGUUAUUCAUUUUUAGCUCGAUUUUUCGAAGAAAAAUGAGAGCUUUACUACUCGCCCUGGCGUCAGCGUUGAUUAAAGUUUUGUAUAAAGUCAAAUAACUUUUACACUAUCAAAGAUAAUUAACUCAAAUUUGGAAUACUUCAUUAUUGCAACAAGACAAUUGUGCUUGUGAAGGUGCAUAACUCUGUCAGCUUUAUUUUAAGAGUUAUGCCCCUUUUUAUACUUAGAAAAUUAAAAAUUUGGUUAAGGUUUUGUGUUUAGGUCCACUUUAUUCCUAAAGAAUCAAAGCUAUUGCUUGUAUACUUGCAACACUCACUAACUUUCAUAAGGGGACUGUGCAGGCAAAGUUAUUGAACUCUGACUGGCAUUUUGACAGAAUUAUGGCCCCUUUUACACUUAGAAAAUUGAAAAUUUUGGUUAUGUUUUGUGUUUUGUUCCAUUUUACUACUAAUGUAUCAUAGCUAUUGCUUUCAGACUUUGAACACUCGCUAACUAUCAUAAGGGGACUGUACAGGACAAUUUGCAUAACUCUGGAUGGCACUUUGACGGAAUUAUGGCCCUUUUUGUUACAUUUUGUGAUUAGAUGCACUUUACUUUUAAAGUAUCAAGGCCUUUGCUUUAAAACUUUAAAUACUUUCUUACUAUUAUGAGGGUACUGUACCUGGCAAGUAAAAUUUUACCUUGAACUUUGAAUGACCUUGAAUCUCAAAGUCAAAUAAAUAAAUUUUGCUUAAAUUGCCAUAACUUCUUUAUUUAGGAUCAUAUAUGAAUCAUGCGUUGACCAAAAACACUUACCUGAAAUACCACGAUUGACUCCACCAAACCAUCCCCCACGCUCCACCCCAGAAUUCCCCCCCCAAAAAAAAAAUCUGUUUUGUUUUUCUUAUUUUUUUUAAUAUCAUCUAAUAAAUGACCAUACCCCCACAGUAUUCCCCCUCUCCACCAAAAAUAAUUUUUUAUUCCCCUGGAUCGAAUGAUCGGGGGAAUAUUGUUUUUGGCCUUUCUGUUAUUCUGUCUACAAACUUUAACCUUGGUUAAACUUUUGCAAUAAUAAGUAACUGUCGCAAUAUUGAAUAUAGCAACUUUGGCAUGCAUCUUUAUCUCAUGGAGCUGCACAUUUUGAGUGGUGAAAGGUCAAGGUCAAGAUCAUCCUUCAAGGUCAAAGGUCAAAUAUAUGGAUUCAAAGCGGCACAAAAGGGGGCAUUGUGUUUCUGACAAACAUAUCUCUUGGUGUGUUUUUUUAAACAUGGUAAAAAAACACAAUUAUUUAUUUUAAUGCCCCGGAUCGAAAGAUCGGGGGUAUAUUGUUUUUGGCCUGUCUAUCAUUGUAUGUGUGUGUGUGUCCCAAAACUUUAACCUUGGUCAUAACUUUUGCAAUGUUCAAGAUAGCAACUUGAUAUUUGGCAUGCAUGUGUAUCUCAUGGAGCUGCACACUUUGAGUGGUGAAAGGUCAAGGUCAUCCUUCAAGGUCAAAGGUAAAAAAAAUUCAAAAACUUUUACCAAAACUUUAACUUUCUUCAUAACUUUUGUAAUAUUGGAGAUAGCAACUUGAUAUUUGGCAUGCAUGUGUAUCUCAUGGAGCUGCAAAUUUUGAGUGGUGAAAGAUCGAGGUCAAUGUCAUCCUUUAAGGUCAAAGGUCAAAUUUAUGGCUUCAAAGCGGCGCAAUAGGGGGCAUUGUGUUUCUGACAAACACAUCUCUUGAUAUUUUUUUUAUUUUUGAAAAACCGUCCAACCAUUCCACCCAAGCUAUUGCUAUCAAACUUGAAAUAUAAUAUUAUUAUAUUGUUUUUUUGUCUUUACAAAUGUUCAAUAGAUUGUGGAAAAUAUACUUGAACUCUGAAUAUGUCUAUAAUAUACCACUUCUUUAAACAUAAGCAAUCAAUAUGUUUCAAUUAUGGUCCUCUUCCAGUUAAAUAUGACUAUAUUAACUUGACCUUUUUGAAUAUAAACAAUUUCUACAUGAUGGCCUACGUUAUACUGUCAAGCACUCGAAAAGUCGAGCGCGCUGUCUUCUGACAGCUUUCGUUUGAAUUUGUGUUCAAUUUUGGCGUUCAAUCAUUGUUGAGCAAAACACACUACAGUAGGGUUGGUAGAAUUCUUCCGAUGCAGUUAUCAUUUGAUUGUUAUUUCCACUAAAAGAUUACCGAUCAUAAACAGGCAAAUGUGAAUUCCUUUAUUUUACUUCGGAAAAUGGCUCUCGUAACGUUAGAUAAUCAGAAUACAGUAAAGAAAGGGUGUUAACUGUAUACGGGAAUUCUUGUUACGACUUUGACUACUUUUCUGUGUACCUCUUAUUAAUUUCCAGCAUUAAAAUCACGUAUGCUAUAUAUGAUUUGAAUAAAGAUUCUUCUUUCAAA